GGAGGCACGAGAGCAGGGUGAACAGUGUGCAGAAGGUGGGUUGUACCAUCAUCUCAUGGGACAAUACUGAUCUCAGUGUCCCGGAUUUGGUUUCUUGGGGUUCCUGUGUCCUCUCACUGUCCCACACUCUAUUCUCAGCUCAAGGCAUUUGUACCACACCGGAGACUGCUGCCAGUUCAGUUUCAUGUUCCAGCCUGUCGUGGCUUGUCAGUAGCAACCCAGCACCAAGAUUUGCUCCCAAAACCGGCAGGGAAGGUCAAAAUCCUCCCCAGAUCCAGCAAACUGAACAAAACCCGCAGUAAUGAAUCAGUGAGGGCUGGAAUACCCAUUUGUGCAGCCAGAAAAUGGGGCAAGAAGCUCCUCCAGCAAGGGAGAGGAAGAGAUAUCUUUAAUUAAAGAGCAAUUUGCUGAUCAGCCCAGCAUCCUGGGAGUGCUUUAACCCAUGGGGGCUGAUUCCCAUCGAAGCACCAGCAGAACUGGGGUUGAGGGUAUCCCAAAAUGGGUUUUGUCAGCUCUACCUUCAGCCAGCUUUCCCUGCUGCCUGGCAGUGGUAGUUAAAAGAAGUGGGAAUAUGUGGGGUGAUUUAAUGACAUUUUCACUGUGAAGCAGCACAACCAGUUUUCAACUGGGAAUGAAAGGAAAACAACGCAUUGAGGCAGCAGCAGUGGGAAAACGCUCCUCUGGGAUGGAGAAAGGAGGAGGUACAAACGGGACAAAGUGGAAAGCAUGAGGCAGCAGAUGGGGCGGGGACAGGGGACACCCUGAGCGUGAUGCUCGGGGGGGUCAGGGCUGUCCCUAGGGAUGCUCCCCAUGGUUCCCUGCGGGGCGUUAUCCCGGCAGUGCUGCCCAACCUAUUUUCCAGGCGAGGAAAUAUUUAACCACGGCGUCAGCGGGCAGGGCAGGCAGGGGCAGGAAUGGAGGGUGACAGGAAGCACCCAGCCCCUGCUGCUCCCCCGACAGAGCGCCUCCAGCUCCUGCUGCGCCGCAGCCGGGAGGCCAAGAACUGCGCCUACUGCCCCUACAGCCGGUUCCCGGUGGGCGCCGCGCUUCUCACAGCCAGCGGGGAGAUCUUCUCCGGGUGCAACGUGGAGAACGCCUGCUGCAGCCUCGGGGUGUGUGCUGAGCGCACUGCCAUCCAGAAAGCCAUCUCCGAGGGGCACACCAGCUUCAGGGCCAUGGCCAUUGCCAGUGACAUGGGGGACACCUUCAUCGUACCCUGUGGUGCCUGCAGACAAGUGAUGAGAGAGUUCGGCACAGACUGGGACGUCUACCUGACCAAAGCAGACGGCAGCUACAUCGUCAAGAGGCUGGAGGAGCUGCUGCCGCUCUCCUUCGGCCCUGAGGACCUGAAGAAGGUGUGAGCAGCAUGGCUGCAGCAGCCGUGGCUCUUUGGCAGCAGGGGAGCAUGGUUUUCCCCCAGUUGCCUGGUGUGUAAGCAGCUUUCUGGGACAAUGUGAUGGGAAAUACAUUUAUAGUGUUAAAUUCACCAUUCCUCUCGUGAUCACCUGAUUCAGCACUGAACAAGUGAAAUCAAACUGUAGAAAUGCCCUGUUAUUAGGAAAGGAAAGUGUGCAGGUACUGCUGCAGGCGAGGGGGUAGCUCACAGACAGAGGGUUUGAUGCACAGCUCAGGCUUGGGCUUGUUGGUACAGAAACCACUCCUAAACUGUGCAAAGUCAUUGUAGUGGGAAAAUGCUGGAUAUUUCAGCUCCAAAGGAGAAGGGAAAGCAAAAAGGAAAAGCUCCAUCCACCCUGGCAGUUAUUAAUAAGCCAGUUCAGAUUAGGUGCCAUGCUGGAAGUGGUUAUCACACCGAGCGUGUCCUUUGCUCGCUUCUCUCCAGCUUGUUUUCUUUGCCUUUAUUCAGUUUGUGGGAAUGAAGAAGGAAAGGAGGUGUUGAGGGCUUUGGGAGGGUUUUAAAUCUCCACAAUAAUGCUGCUUUCUGAUUGUACUAUUAAUUGAAUCAUGCACAGUGACAAAUGAAUGUGUUACAGCUCCCACCCAGCACGCUGCCUAUGCCCAAGUGAAAUAAAGACAGUCAUGGUUUA